AUGUCUUCCGAGUCCGUCGACGAGAAGACACCGACCGAGAAACCAGACCACGAAUGGCCCCUAAAGCACAAGGUCGUGGCAGUCAAGGAUCGCGAUGAGCGCUCUGGAUUCAAAACGCGCGAGCUCGGCGUGACGUGGAAUAACCUCAACGUCGAUGUCAUCAGUGCCGAUUCCGCCGUCAACGAAAACAUGGUCUCUCAGUUCAACAUUCCCAAGAAGAUUUCCGAGUCUCGACAUGAAAAGCCAUUGAGAAGGAUUCUUAGUGACAGCCAUGGCUGUGUCAAGCCAGGAGAAAUGCUUCUGGUCCUGGGACGCCCCGGUUCCGGCUGCACGACACUACUGAAUAUGAUCGCAAACCGCAGGAUGGGAUACGCAUCUGUGUCGGGCGAUGUCUGGUAUGGCUCAAUGACGCCAAAGGAGGCAGAGGGAUAUCGAGGACAGAUCGUUAUGAACACCGAAGAGGAGCUUUUCUUCCCGACCUUGACUGUUGGUCAAACAAUGGACUUUGCAACCCGCCUCAAGAUUCCGCAUCACAUACCGAAUGACGUCGAGUCCCCGGAAGCCCUCAGGCAGGAAACAAAAGAGUUUCUGCUCGAGUCAGUGGGGAUAUCGCACACGAGCGACACCAUGGUGGGAAAUGAGUUUGUGCGCGGAGUGUCUGGUGGAGAGCGCAAACGAGUCUCCAUCAUCGAAACCCUGGCUACCCGAGGCUCAGUGUAUUGCUGGGAUAAUAGUACCCGUGGUCUCGAUGCCAGCACUGCUUUGAGUUACACAAAGGCCAUUCGGGCCAUGACAGACGUGCUCGGUCUAGCGUCGAUCGUUACUUUGUACCAGGCUGGAAAUGGUAUCUAUGAGUUAUUCGACAAGGUUCUCGUCCUUGACGAAGGUAAAGAGAUCUAUUAUGGACCCGUGAAAGAGGCUCAGCCUUACAUGGAGAGCCUCGGGUUUGUUUGUAGGAAAGGCUCUAAUGUUGCCGACUAUCUAACCGGUGUCUCCGUGCCUACUGAGCGACUGAUCCAGGAGGGUUAUGAGCACAUCUUCCCCCGGAAUGCCGAUGUACUGCUCGAAGAGUAUAAGAAAUCCGAGAUCUACCCCAAGAUGACCGCUGAAUAUGAUUUUCCAAUGACUCAAGAAACCCAAGAGCGUACUCAAACAUUCAAGGAAGCCGUGGCCUAUGACAAGGACCCUGGACUCCCGAAGUCCAGUCCAUUGACGUCCAGUAUUCCAACUCAGAUGAAGGCUGCCAUCAUACGACAGUACGAAAUCCUUUGGGGUGAUAAGUCCACUUUUAUAAUCAAGCAAGUUUCAACCAUCAUUCAAGCUUUGAUUGCUGGUUCCCUCUUCUACAACGCCCCAGACAAUAGCGAGGGGCUGUUUGUCAAAUCUGGAGCUCUUUUCUUCUCUAUGCUCUAUCCAUCCUUGGUCGCCAUGAGCGAGGUGACAGACUCGUUCACAGGACGUCCCGUGUUGAUUAAGCACAAGGCGUUUGCCUUCUUCCAUCCUGCCGCCUUCUGUGUCGCGCAGAUAGCGGCUGAUAUCCCCAUUCUUCUUGUCCAAACUACCACCUUCGGUUUAAUCGUAUACUUCAUGGUUGGUUUGACCAUGAGUGCAGGUACAUUUUUCACAUACUGGAUUAUGAUUUUUGUUACGGCAAUGUGUAUGACCGCCAUGUUCCGUGCAAUGGGUGCUGCUUCUCAAACAUUCGAUGGCGCAUCCAAAAUAUCUGGUCUCGUCAUUACAGCAACCCUUAUGUAUACGGGCUACAUGAUUGAGAAGCCCCAUAUGCAUCCUUGGUUUGUAUGGAUUUAUUGGAUCAACCCACUUUCGUACGGCUUUGAAGCGCUCCUCGGUAAUGAAUACAAAAAUAAGAUUAUCCCCUGUGCUGGAGGCAAUGUUAUCCCUAUCGGUCCCGAAUAUACAGAUUCGGCCUACCAGUCCUGCGCAGGCGUCGGCGGGGCUCUUCCAGGAGCACUUUCGGUGACAGGCGAGCAGUACCUGCAUUCCCUAUCAUACAGUUCGUCCCAUGUCUGGCGCAAUUUUGGAAUCUUGUGGGCAUGGUGGGCGUUGUAUGUUGGAAUUACAAUAUUUGCGACCUCGCGCUGGCGUCUCUCCUCGGAGAAUGGCCCGUCGUUGCUCAUUCCACGGGAAACUCUCAAAACUGUCCAGAGCAAGAUGUCUUUUGAUGAAGAAGCACAGCCGCAUGGGAAACCUGUUACAAGCGGUGGGGAUAGCUCAGCCAAUACACUGACUGAGAAGACUGAAAAGGCUGAUAACAAAGCCAACGAGUCGGAUGUCGACAACAACUUGAUUCGCAACACGUCUGUUUUCACCUGGAAAAAUCUCUGUUACACGGUUAAGACGCCUUCUGGAGAUCGUCUGCUACUCGACAACGUCCAAGGAUGGGUCAAGCCAGGUAUGCUAGGAGCGUUGAUGGGUUCUUCAGGAGCCGGCAAAACAACAUUACUCGACGUCCUAGCCCAACGCAAGACCCAGGGAACUAUCAAAGGGUCCGUUUUGGUUGAUGGCCGUCCACUGCCUGUCUCCUUCCAGCGCUCUGCCGGUUACUGUGAGCAACUUGAUGUUCACGAACCGUUUGCCACAGUCCGCGAGGCUCUCGAAUUCUCGGCUCUCCUACGCCAACCUGGAAACGUCCCACGAGAAGAAAAAUUGAGUUACGUUAACGUCAUCAUCGAUCUUUUGGAACUGCAUGACAUUGCCGAUACGCUUAUUGGAAGAGUCGGUUGUGGUCUAUCGGUUGAGCAGAGGAAGCGAGUGACCAUUGGCGUCGAAUUGGUUGCAAAACCCAGCAUCCUCAUCUUCUUGGACGAACCGACUUCUGGACUGGAUGGACAAUCUGCUUUCAACACGGUACGGUUUUUGAGAAAGCUUGCGGACGUCGGUCAGGCAGUCUUGGUGACGAUCCACCAGCCCUCGGCACAGCUGUUUGCUCAGUUCGAUACCCUGCUGCUUCUUGCCAAGGGUGGCAAGACAGUGUACUUUGGUGAUAUUGGCGACAACGGUGCCACAGUAAAGGAAUAUUUCGGUCGCUACGGCGCACCAUGCCCCCCGCAAGCCAAUCCAGCAGAACACAUGAUCGACGUGGUCUCUGGAGAUCUGUCGCAGGACCGUGACUGGAACAAGAUCUGGUUGGAAUCGCCGGAGUACGAGGCAUCGACUCUAGAGCUCGACCGAAUCGUGUCUGAAGCGGCUGCAAAGCCUCCUGGUACUUUGGAUGAUGGCAGAGAGUUUGCAACUUCUCUUUGGGAACAGACCAAGAUCGUGACGCAUCGUAUGAACGUCGCACUGUUCAGAAACACGGAUUACCUCAACAACAAAAUUAUCCUUCACAUCGUCGCAGCAUUAUUCAAUGGAUUCUCGUUCUGGAAGAUCGGAGACACUGUCGGUGAUCUUCAAAUGCGUCUGUUUACCAUUUUCCAAUUCAUCUUCGUCGCUCCUGGUGUCAUUGCCCAACUGCAACCCUUGUUCAUUGACCGCCGCGAUAUCUACGAGACUCGCGAGAAGAAAUCCAAGAUGUACUCCUGGGUAGCCUUUGUCACUGGUCUUAUUGUAUCCGAGAUUCCAUACCUCUGCAUUUGCGCCGUCUUGUACUUCGUAUGCUGGUAUUACACUGUUGGCUUUCCGGACGACUCUCACAAGGCCGGCGCAACCUUUUUCGUCAUGCUCAUGUACGAGUUUAUCUAUACCGGUAUUGGCCAGUUCAUCGCCGCAUACGCCCCCAACGCCGUCUUUGCUGCUCUCACAAACCCCCUUGUCAUUUCCAUGCUGGUCUCUUUCUGUGGUGUCUUGGUACCCUACAGUGAGAUCCAAGCUUUUUGGCGGUACUGGAUGUACUAUUUGAAUCCGUUCAAUUAUUUGAUGGGCAGUCUGCUCACAUUCAGCGUCUGGGAUGCCCCCGUUCAUUGCGCUGAGAGCGAAUUUGCCGUUUUCGAUCCUCCUAAUGGGACAUGCCAGGACUAUUUGGCCGCCUACCGGCAAGGUAUGGGUGCAGCAACCUUCCUGGCAAAUCCCGAUGCUACUUCAGGCUGCAAGGUGUGCGAGUAUAGAAAGGGCAGCGACUAUCUUCAAACGCUCAACUUAUUGGACUAUUAUUACGGAUGGCGUGACGCUGGCAUCACGGUCAUUUUCGCCCUUUCGUCUUAUGCUUUGGUAUAUGCGCUUAUGAAGUUGAGAACGAAGGCGUCUAAGAAGGCCGAAUAG